AAAGUUGGUAUCCCUGCCUCUCCCGUUGGCACGCCUGAGGGUAGUAAACAAGAGCCAUCCGGGAGAAAAAGAUUUUAAAUUGUAUUUAAUACUUAGUUUCUACAAAAUGUCACGAGAUAUUGAGGAUAUCCAGGAAUGUCCUGCUGAUAUGAGGCAAGCAGGGAAAGCCAGUGUCUGCCAGGGAUGCCCAGGGCAGGAGCUCUGUUUGUCUGAAGCUAGUCAGGUUGACCCAGACCAACAACUGAUUGAUACAAGGCUAAAAGCGAUAAAACACAAGAUUUUAGUGAUGUCUGGAAAAGGUGGUGUAGGGAAAUCAAGCAUAGCUGUGUUGCUGGCACAGAUCCUAGCACACGAUGGCAGAAAGGUAGGGCUUCUUGACGUGGACAUUUGCGGCCCGAGUGUCCCCUCCCUUUUGAAGAUCGAAGCCCAGUCAGUGAUGGACUCGCAGUGGGGAUGGAAACCUGUUGUGUCUCCUCAAGGCAACAUUAAGACCCUAUCAGUAGGAUCACUCCUGAGCUCGGGAUCUCAGGCAGUGGUGUGGAGAGGACCUCGCAAAACAGCUUUGAUUAGGCGUAUGAUUAAGGACACUCUGUGGGGACGGUUGGAUGACUUGGUAAUUGACACUCCCCCUGGCACCAGUGAUGAACACCUGACCAUCAUCAAGCUGUUGGCCAGCACCAAGCCUGAUGGGGCAGUUAUCAUUACGGCACCACAAAAGUUGUCAGCAGGUGUGGUAAGCAGAGAGAUUCGAUUCUGCCAGAAAAUGGGAGUACCAAUCUUAGGCAUCAUAGAAAACCUCUCAGGAUUUUGCUGCCCCUGUUGCUCUGAAGUGAGCCAGGUAUUUUCAUCGGGUGCAGGAAAAUACCUUGCGGAAAAGUACGACAUCCCCUUCCUCGGCUCUCUGCCAAUUGACCCUCGCCUGUCAUCAGUGCAACAAAGGGGAAUAUCCUUGAAAGAGGAACACCCUGACUCUGGUGUCUCGGAAGCCAUGAGCGACAUUGCAAGGAGGAUCCUGGAGGCCGUUGAAAAGUAAAAAAAAUGAGUCGUAGGAUUUUUU